AAGUUUAACGAGGACAAGCCUUGGAAACACCACUCUGAUCGCUGGACCAUCACAGACCAGGAGCGGAAAAGGUAUGAAGGUGUUUGGGUCACAAACAGGGGGUCAUACAUGGAUAUGGUUGACCCAUCCACGUUGAACAGCGAAUUGGACGUUCCUGGAGCUUUGAACACCGCUCUUAAAGCCACAAUGCUACCGAACGAAUCUAGCGGAAGCGAUGCUUUAGGGCCUCAGCUGUCAAAUCUAAUGCUAAAUGUUGUUGCGAGAGAGAUAUGGCAAAGGUCCAAACUACCAAAUGACCUGCUGAGACAGGUUUGGGACCUAGUUGAUACCAGACAUGACGGUACGCUGGAUAGAACGAGCUUCAUCGUCGGUAUGUGGCUCGUUGAUCAGUGCCUCUACGGUAGGAAGUUACCUAAAGCUGUUAACGACGAGGUCUGGAACAGCGUC